AUGGCGAUGAUGAUGACUGGCCGUGUGCUGCUGGUGUGUGCCCUCUGCGUGCUGUGGUGCGGUGUCUGCUGUGGUGAACCAUCUGGACCACCUUCUUCGCCCAGUAAAGACAAGGAAUCUCAAGAUGACGAAGUGACCACAGCUGUCGCUGGAAAAGGUGGCCAAAGCGGUGGACCGGCAGCGCCUCAAGCAGCAGCACCAACGGCGUUACAAUCACAGGGAGCGGCCCCGGGCCUGUCACAGGCACCACCAUCCGGAAGUGAAGCAUCAGGAACGGCAAGUCCAACGAAGGAGAGCAACGAUCAAAAAUCCAAGAGUACUGAAACCUCCGAUGAACAAGACGAAGAAGACGAAGACGAAGAGGAAGAAGAGGAAGAGGAAGAAGAAAAGGAAGACGCAGUUGAGGAACAGGAAGAGAAUGGUGCGAAGGAAGAGGAGACAAGGAAAGGAGAAGCCGUUACCGCCAACACAGAGGUGAUCUCAGCAGGCAGUCAAGAGCAGCCAAUUUUAUCUUCUGGUGCGGAGGGAGCAUCGAAUAUAACAAAUCCCAACAGCACACAAACAACUGGAGGCGAUCAUCCAGCAGCUGAUGGUGCAGGGACAGCAGAGGGAAAACAAAAUGAAAAUAAAGAUGCCAAUCCGAAAGAAACACCAGUCGAAGCCACAGCCACGAAAAAUACAACGGCGACGACUGGCGACGGUGACGGCAGCACCGCGGUCUCCCACACCACCUCCCCUCUUUUGCUUCUUCUUGUUGUUGUUGUGUGUGCGGCUGCGGCUGCGGUGGUGGCCGCGUGA